AUGGGCAAUAUCUUUGGAAACCUUCUGAAGAGCCUAAUUGGGAAGAAGGAGAUGCGCAUCCUAAUGGUGGGCCUGGAUGCUGCAGGGAAGACCACCAUCCUGUACAAGCUAAAAUUGGGAGAGAUUGUCACCACCAUUCCUACCAUCGGGUUUAAUGUGGAAACCGUGGAAUAUAAGAAUAUCAGCUUCACAGUAUGGGAUGUAGGUGGCCAGGACAAGAUUCGACCCCUCUGGAGACACUACUUCCAGAACACCCAAGGCUUGAUAUUUGUGGUUGAUAGCAAUGACCGGGAACGGGUAAAUGAGGCCCGAGAGGAGCUGAUGAGGAUGCUGGCAGAGGACGAGCUCCGGGAUGCUGUGCUGCUCGUGUUUGCAAACAAACAGGAUUUGCCGAAUGCUAUGAACGCUGCCGAAAUCACAGACAAGCUGGGGCUGCAUUCUCUGCGUCACCGCAAUUGGUACAUUCAGGCCACCUGUGCUACCAGCGGGGACGGGCUGUAUGAAGGCUUGGACUGGCUGGCCAAUCAGCUCAAAAACAAGAAGUGAGAGCCAGGCAGCCCUUCUGACUACCCCACCCACUCCUGACACAUACCUGUUGUCUCCCUACCCCAGUCUACCCUCUCAUUCCUCUUGAAAGUGUGGUUGAGGUCCUGGGUAUCAUGUCUCCAUGCCCAGAAAGAGCCUUGCCUCCUGUGCUUCCCUUCCUCCUUCCCUGUCCUGACAUGGUCAGUCCCCAGCUGCUGUCCUGAUGAUGAGUCAUUCCAAUUUACUGGAUUUAAAACAACUGAGGCUGUUAUGGUUUCAUGGGGUGGUCUCCCUGUUGGGCUUCAGGAGGAAGAGUGGGGGUGUUCUCUCUGUUUGCUGUUUGGCACUGGUUGCUGUGCCCUUGGCAUCUGAGCCCCUUCCCUGUCUCCCUGGCCACUCUCCUCCCUGUCUUCCUUUCCUUCUACACCCUUUCCUAUUCUACAUGGAAAUUGCACGGGCCUCUCUGUGUGUGCGUGCAUGUGUGCGCCUGUAUAUACGUGUAUAAAGAGAUAUAUAUGUGGGUGUAGGGGGGAGGGAACGGAGUGCAGCUCAGGACUUGCAGCCAGGACACUGCCCAGUGCCACCUAUCAUCUGCCCCUUCUGUGUGGUGAGAUAAAGGGGAAAAUGUGGGUGGGUCCCAUUGCUUUCCUCUCUGCAGGUGGUGUUCCUGGAUGUUAGGACAGAUGGUGGACUCUGCAGCCGUCUUCCUUACAUUUCUUCUCCACCCUUAUGAUCAUAAGAAAUGGCAUUUAUCUCUAGAUGACUGUUCCUAAGGAUUAGAUGCCAUUCUACACUGCCUCAUUGGUAGGGAGGAGAGAGGAACCCACUCACUUUUCAUCAGUCCAGAGUGUUCUAUUGGUCCUCCUCCACUUAUAAGUUCUACUCCCCAGGAGCUCAGAGGGAGGUGGGUUGGUGGAACCUGCAUGUCAAAGGGUGGAGUUUGGUCUGUUUUCCAUCUUGUUCUUGUUACUAAGAGAAGGUAAGGCAUGGAGCAGCCCUGCUUCUGCCGUGUUAUACCUUCCUCAGUCUUCUGAUCUUGGGGUCUGGGUGGCUCCCUCUGUCCUAUGUCAGAUUUUCUCACCUAGUAGUCUGCUGGUCUGCUGAGGACUGACCAGGUGAUGUAACGAGAAGCCACGGAGUGGGGGGUAACAGAGCAGACCUCAUUGUCAACCCCCUAUGUGUGCUCCAGUCUCUUUUUAGUGCAGGACCAGAUAGAAGGUGAUUGUCUGCUGUUUGCGGGCCUCAGACAGUCCUUGCUGCCAUCUCCCCUCCUUCCUGGCAGCUUUCGUCAGCUCUCCCACUCUUUCCCCGAAUAGGUCUAGGUGGUUGGAGUGGAGGGAACGGGACCCUGUGUGGCUGGUGCUGGGACAGUGAUCUUCAGGGCCCUGCCUCCGUUCUUCUAUGGUUGUUCAGGUGCUGCUGCGGGUGGGUCUACAGAGGGCGCUUGUUCCUGAGGCUCUGACCUGGCUCAUGAUACAGUCAUUGCAGUGAAGCUGUGGCUGCUCUGUGGGCUCCUGUGUGUGCUGGCUGCGCCCUGAGCUCCCAACCAUCGGCCAUAACCUCCCUGCUAAGGUCAGGACACUGGGCCCUCUGCAGCAUGGCUGAGGAAGACUUCCCAGAAGGGCUGUUGAGUUCCCCUUUGGCCAGGGUUCCUGCCAGCUCUGUACAGCAGGCAGGUCAGUUCCCCAGCCUACCCCAGCUGAAUUGUGAGAGGUCCCAGGGUGUCCCUCAGUGGUGUGUGUGUGUGUGUGUGUGUGUGUGUGUGUGUGUGUGUGUGUGUGUGUGUGUAUGGGGGGGUGCUGGGAGUUCUGUUUCAUUUUAAAAUGAAUUACUCUCACUCCAGACACUACCCUCCACACUUUCUUUGCUGUUCCGUUUUUUCUCACCUCUUUUGCCACUCUAUGAACUCUGCUUUGCCUUCUCAGUUCAUUCACCAUUGUUGCCUGUCUAGUUUUCUUUUCCUCGUUUUUUGUCUUCUAUUUGAUUUUCUGUUCUAUCUUUGUGAUUGGUGAGGACUUUGCCUCUUUCUCUGCCACGCUUUCUGACCUUCCUUCUUAGAUGCUAGUUCCAAAUAGGUUUUGUAUAUUACAGGCUUCUUCCACUCCUCAACCCACUCUCCCAGCAUCUUGUUUUUAUCAGCCUCCUGGGACCAACCUGAGGCAGAGCAGGCUGAAACAGCCUUGGAUGUUGCCUUGGUGCUGCUCCAGAUAUUGUCCAGCAGGGGGCAGUAACACCUUGGUAGCAUCGUUGGCUCCUGGGGGGCAGGGGUACUUUCUGUAUUCCCAUUCACCUAACAGGUCUUUGGGGGUUGGAAGUUCUAUUCCAUUUCUGUAAACGCCCUCUCCUGCCUUUCCCAAGUUGGUUUAAUUUUUGAUCUUCCUUGUUCCAGCUUUCUGGGGAUUCCCCCUUCCCUUCACCUCCAAAGUUUGUGAUGUUACAGUGGUAUCUGCAGUUAGGAAGUGGGUUUUUUCUUUUUCCUUUCUCUGGAAUGUAGACUGUAUGUGUUUAAUAACUCACCUUCUCUAUCCUUGCUCAAAAAUGUGGGAUAAUGCAAUGACUGUGACCCUGGUUGGCAAUUAAACUUGUCUCAUGCA